GAAGUGGUAUCCAAAAACGAAUAUUCCUUUACAAUACUCCGCCACAAAUUCGGUCCCUUUCUUUCGCGCUUCCCCUUUUUUCUAUAAAAACAGAGUAACCAAACAAACCCCACAACACAACACAAAAGAGAGAAAAAAAAGAGAAAAGAAAAGAAGAAUGUGCGAAGCGCUGAAGACGCAGUACCAGGUAAACGAGGAGAUCGGUCGUGGACGCUUCGGAACCAUCUUCCGGUGUUUCCACCCUCUCUCCAACGAACCCUACGCCUGCAAGCUCAUCGACAAGUCUCUUCUCGCCGAUUCCACUGACCGUGAGUGUCUCCAGAACGAACCUAAAUUCAUGACCCUUCUCUCUCCUCACCCUAACAUCCUUCAAAUCUUCGAUGUCUUCGAGGACGACGAUUAUCUCUCCAUCGUCAUGGACCUCUGCCAGCCCCACACCCUCUUCGACCGCAUCGUUAACGGCCCCAUCCCCGAGACCCAGGCGGCCCUCCUCAUCAAGAGCCUUCUCGAAGCCCUGGCCCACUGCCAUCGCAUGGGCGUCGCCCACCGCGACAUCAAGCCCGACAAUGUUCUCUUCGACUCCGCGGAUAAUCUCAAGCUCGCCGACUUCGGCUCGGCGGAGUGGUUCGGCGACGGGAGCACCAUGAGUGGCGUGGUCGGGACGCCGUACUACGUGGCGCCGGAGGUUGUGAUGGGAAGGGAGUAUGAUGAGAAAGUUGAUGUGUGGAGCUGUGGUGUUAUUUUGUAUAUAAUGUUGGCAGGGAUUCCCCCUUUCUAUGGAGACUCUGCUGCCGAGAUCUUUGAGGCUGUUGUUAGGGCUAACCUUCGCUUCCCUUCUAGAAUCUUCCGGAAUGUCUCCCCCGCCGCCAAGGAUCUCCUCAGAAAAAUGAUCUGUCGAGACCCUUCUAGAAGGUUCUCAGCAGAACAGGCCUUGAGACACCCUUGGAUCUUGAGUGCCGGUGACACAGCUCAGUUGACUUGAAUGUGGGAUGAAUGCAAUGGAGCUAGAUAUACAUAUAUAUAUAUAUAUAUAUAUAGAGAGAGAGAGAGAAAGAGAGACACGACCUAAGCUGCCUUACUUGGUUGGAGUAGCUGAUUUUGCCCCUUGUCUUUGUUCUCUUCUACUAUGACAAUAAGCUGGUCUACUCGUGGUGGCAGAGGAAGGAACGGAACAGAGGAAGCUUCUGUAAAUUCUGGUGGUUGCAAGUAGAUUUUUUCCCUUUUUGUUUUUUUGCCAUGGAAUCUGAGAGAGACUCUGUAUGUAUGUAUGUAUGUGAGUCCUGAGAAUCUUGUUUUCUUCCACUCUCGAUGAUUUUCUCUGUAUAGAAAGUGAGAAAGUGGGUAAUCUCCCUGACUCCCGCACUACAAAGUGGAGUUUCAAACUGUUCUUGUAAAUGCAAUAACCAUAAUAAUAAGGAUAAUUUUGAGUGAAUA